CCGCCAAUGGUAAUACGCCGCGUGGACUACUAACAAGGCGGUUAAUUUAUAAUUUCCGACUCCACAGAUAAAAACUCGGUAUAAAUAAAGAGAGAGCUGACGAGUUGACUCGGUUAUCAUCAAAAGGUCGUCAUCGUCUCUGUUCAGGAGGAAGACUCUUUAGCUUCGUUCCGUCGUCUUCUUCAUAUCUCUGAUCGCUUUCGCUCUUACCCCUUACUUCAUAGACGAUGGAGAUUGAAACACAACUUGUGGAAGAUCCCAUUGCUCUCAACGCAAAGAAAGUUGCCAUGGCUUUAGAUGAUCUCAUCAAGUUGUCAAAGAGUGACACCAAAGGGGGGAACAAGCGCAAAAAUUCAAGGAGAGCCAAGAGCAAAAGCCGAAACUUCAAUGGUGUUGCGAGAAGAAACAAUACCUCUAAAGAGAAGCAUCACGUGAACUCACUUUCUGGAGUUAGACAGGGUGCUGUUGCUAAGAGAAGGUCUAACUUCAAAGGAAAUCAGUUUCCUGUUACAACUCCUGAAGCGGCUCCUGUUUCUCCACUCCGUGUCCGUAGAAGAGGUUUCAAUGCUGGAAGGAAGAGUUGUGCAAAUCAGUCAAGGCUUCUUGCUCCACCAGUCCAGAAUAGACACGCUAGAUUCAUUGCAAAGAGGCAAGAGGUGGAACAGAAAGUAGAGAAUGGAGGAGGGACGUGGAAGACACUGGACUCUCGGUUUGCAAUAAUGAAAGAGCAGAGGAAGAGUAACAACAACAACAAUGGGGUUAAAGAAGUGCAUGUUCCAAGGUUGCCACCAUGGGCUAGAGCCAGAAGAUUUACUUACUAAAACCACAUAGCCUCCCUCCACUUUUAGAUUUUGGCUUUCGGAUUUAUAUUCAUGUUAAGCGCACUAAGUAACGCAGUUCUUUUGUGAAUAUAUGACUUGCUUUACGUAUUUCUGAAACUGCAUCCAGGUAAUAAAUAAGUACAGUUUGAAGUCUUGGAAUUUCAUUCGGUGUGAUUUGUGU